AUGGCUUCGUCGUCGCUCGUUGUCCCUUUGGCACUUUGGAACCGACUACCCACGGCACCAGUAACAGUCGUGGUUUACAGAGAAGGACAUGUUGUGACAGGUCUAAAAGACGGACACAUUUGGAUAUACCGUUGUACGGUGAAUGACAAAGGUGAUCUUCAGUUACAACAUAAAGUUUUAUGCAUUGGCCACAAAUCAACCAUCACAGCUUUGACCAUUAUUGAGGGAUCAAUUGAUGGUUGCGCCGGAAACAAUUACAUAUUGUUAAGUGCCUCUGAGGAUGGGUGGCCGACGAAAUUUAUUCUUUGUACCGGAUUCCUAAAUGAGAUUACGAUAUUGAAUUGCGCGACUUUGGAGGUUGUACGAAUCUGGGCUGGUCAUAAUGAUUGGGUUACGUGCACUCCAUUUUACGAUUCGG